CUCCGGACUCUUAUUAUGAAACGCUUCGCCGCUGUCACCUUCGCUGUCCUCAUGGCUGGAGAUUACAGCAGAGCUUCAGUUCAUUAACCGAGGAUCUUCAUCGGGCAGCGCAUCCUCAUCCUCAGAUUAAAGCGGCGAGGUCACGAGCACUUCCUCCAUUUCCCACAAUCCUUCACUGCAGAUCAGUUGAAUGAAAGCUCACGCUGUGAAGUUCUUCAUCUCACUUUGGAUUACUAAUCUUCUCUUGGGUUUGUCUACGCGCAGAGGCACUCGUGGAGCUCAUGAAGACUGAACGGGAUGGGGACGGUGUGCUGGAAGAGAGCAGCUCCCAGGAGCCUGAGCUCUACAGCCCUGCGUCUCCCGGCCCGCAGCAGGAGCCCAUCUCCACGUACUUCGAGGAGAAGGUUCCCAUCCCUGAGGAUGACAUGACUAAGCUGUUUAGCUUUCGUAAACUCUGGGCCUUCACUGGGCCGGGCUUCCUGAUGAGCAUCGCCUAUCUGGACCCUGGGAACAUAGAGUCUGAUCUUCAGUCUGGGGCUAGAGCGGGUUUCAAGCUGCUGUGGGUUCUGCUGGGUGCCACCAUCAUCGGGCUGCUGCUGCAGCGUCUGGCCGCUCGUCUCGGUGUUGUGACCGGGAUGCAUCUGGCCGAGGUCUGCAACCGUCAUUACCCUACGGUGCCGCGGAUCAUCCUGUGGCUGAUGGUGGAGCUGGCCAUCAUCGGCUCUGACAUGCAGGAGGUCAUCGGCUGUGCCAUCGCCCUCAAUCUGCUGUCGGUCGGCAGGAUUCCUCUGUGGGCUGGAGUGUUGAUAACCAUCAUUGACACUUUCGUCUUCCUGUUUUUGGACAAGUACGGUCUGAGGAAGCUGGAGGCGUUCUUUGGGUUCCUCAUCACCAUCAUGGCCCUCAGCUUUGGUUACGAGUAUGUGCGUGUGGCUCCAGACCAGGCCGAGGUGCUGAAGGGCAUGUUUCUGCCGUACUGCAGCGGCUGUGGACCCACGCAGCUGGAGCAGGCCGUCGGGAUCGUGGGAGCCGUCAUAAUGCCUCAUAACAUCUACCUGCAUUCUGCUCUUGUGAAGUCACGAGACAUAAAUCGAGCAAACAAGAAGGAGGUGAAGGAGGCCAACAAGUACUACUUCAUCGAGUCCUCCAUCGCUCUCUUCAUCUCCUUCCUCAUCAAUGUGUUUGUGGUGGCUGUCUUUGCAGAGGCCUUUUAUGGCAAGACCAACAUGGAAGUGAGUCUGCAGUGUAAUGAAACCGGAAGUGCUCACAGUAAGCUUUUCCCAGCCAACAAUGAAACACUGGAGGUCGACAUCUACAAAGGGGGUGUGGUUCUGGGCUGUUUCUUCGGCCCGGCUGCGCUGUAUAUUUGGGCCAUCGGGAUCCUCGCCGCUGGGCAGAGUUCAACCAUGACCGGAACCUACUCGGGUCAGUUUGUGAUGGAGGGCUUCCUGAACCUGCGCUGGUCCCGCUUCGCUCGCGUGCUGCUGACGCGCUCCAUCGCCAUCUUCCCCACGCUCCUGGUGGCCGUCUUCCAGGACGUGCAGCAUCUCACCGGCAUGAACGACUUUCUGAACGUGCUGCAGAGCAUGCAGCUGCCGUUCGCUCUGAUCCCCAUCCUGACCUUCACCAGCCUGACCUCACUGAUGAACGACUUCGCCAACGGACUCAUGUGGAUAAUCGGCGGGGGUCUGCUCAUCCUGGUGGUGUGUGCCAUCAACAUGUACUUUGUGGUGGUGUAUGUGACGGCCCUCAACAGCACCGUCCUCUACGUCUUCUCUGCCCUCCUCUCCAUCGCCUAUCUCAGCUUCGUCUGCUACCUGGUGUGGCGCUGUCUGAUCGCUCUGGGCGUCUCUCGUCUGGACUUCAGAGGUUCGGUUCAGUAUCCGCCUGCCGUUCUCAUGGAUGAACAGCCAGAGUUUGAUUCCUGAAGCAGUGUGAACACUUGUUUGUUCUUCCAGUGUGAGGAACGCCCUCACUGUAACCAACAGCACAAUCCAAAUAUUAGUCUUUUUUUCUUGGUUUUCCUGCAUCAGUUCCUGAUCACUUUGUAUAGAUCUACUAUUGUAGGUCUGGCAGAACUGAUAGAUCUACUGUGCUCCUCAUAACUUAUUUACUACAACAGCUGCAGAAAUAUGGGCUUAAAAUGAUUCCUUACAGAACGUACACUGAGCGGUCUGUGUACAAUCAGUGUAAAGUCAAGAGAAUUUAACAGUACAAAUUAAACAAUGACUCGCUAACUAAUGAUUCAUUUGCUGAUGAACGGCAGACCUAGAAGGUUUGAACCGUUAUUUGUAGGUUCUCAAAGGCUGCUUUUCUUACCAUGAAUAAGCUGAUGAAGUGUUUUUAUGACCUGCAGGAACAUUAGCCUGCCUUCACCCUAAAACAUGUGUUUUAAUGCCUGAAUGAAAGAGAAAUGAGUAUUUAUUUUAUUGAAGGAGCAGUACUGACGGCAUUGAAUGCAGGACGCGUGAGACGCCCGUUGUGCACACUAGCAAGUGCUCUGCUCGCACAGACGACUGACACGCCAAACCUUCUGGUCAAAAAUAAAGGACCUCAUUUCUGUCAAUAAAUCAUCUAUCAUCAUUUUCAUUUUUUUUUCUUUUUCUUUUUCAUUUCAAAGAUUCUAUCAUUGGCUGUUUAUUUAGUUUAGGUGCAUCACUAGUUCAAACUUGUUUGCUGAACAGAUUUGCCAUCAUUUGACCGUACUAACAAGAGAUUCUGAACAAAAUAAAAAGCAUUACAGUGAAUGCAGCUUUAAAAAAAAAAAAAAGAAAGAAAUGCUAACAACAAAAGUGCCUUUAAAUUCUACAUUGUUUUGUGGUAUUGUGCAUUCUGAUGUGUCUUCAUUAGGAGAUGUGACUGUCAUCAAAAGUUUCCCUUCAUGCCAGAUCAUUUCAUUCAUGUUUUCAUUUCAUUCAUGUUUGAAAUGCCACUGAAAUGAUUUUGAUUUCCGGUUUCUCCGUUUUCAUGUAAAUGUGAGUUAUGUUGGUGUGGCAGAUACUUGUGUUCUGUUCUGCUGUAUGUUUGAGACACAUUCCAUGCUGUCAGUAAUUCAGCUGAGAGACAGAACGGCUGAGAUGUAUUUAUGUUUUAAGACAUGAAUCUGAUGAACCUGUACACACUGUACAUGUGUAGCUGCCUAAUUAAUAAAAGCCCAAAAUGUCA